AUGGCCUCGGGCCCGGCAUUCCGGCCCCUGCUGCUACUGUCGCUACUGCUGUCUCCGUCUCCUGCCGCCUCGGCCUCAGAUCGACCCCGGGGCAGCGAUCCCGUCAACCCAGAGAAGCUGCUGGUGAUCACCGUGGCCACAGCCAAGACAGAGGGAUACCGGCGUUUCCUGCAGUCAGCGGAGUUUUUCAACUACACUGUGCGGACCCUGGGCCUGGGAGAGGAGUGGCGAGGGGGUGAUGUCGCCCGAACGGUGGGUGGAGGACAGAAAGUCAGGUGGCUCAAGAAAGAAAUGGAGAAAUACGCAGAGAGGGAAGAUAUGGUCAUCAUGUUUGUGGACAGCUAUGACGUGGUUCUGGCUGGCAGCCCUUCGGAGCUGCUGAAGAAGUUCGUCCAGAGUGGCAGCCGCCUGCUCUUCUCCGCAGAGAGCUUCUGCUGGCCCGAGUGGGGGUUAGCAGAGCAGUACCCUGAGGUGGGCACGGGGAAGCGCUUCCUCAACUCUGGUGGAUUCAUUGGCUUUGCCCCCACCAUCCACCAAAUCGUCCGCCAGUGGAAGUACAAAGAUGACGAUGACGAUCAGCUCUUCUACACUCGGCUCUACCUGGACCCAGGACUGAGGGAGAAACUCGGCCUUAGUCUGGAUCAUAAAUCGCGGAUCUUUCAGAACCUCAACGGGGCUUUAGAUGAGGUGGUUUUAAAGUUUGGUCGGAAUCGAGUGCGUAUCCGGAAUGUGGCCUACGACACGCUUCCUGUUGUAGUCCAUGGGAACGGCCCCACCAAGCUCCAGCUGAAUUACCUGGGAAACUACGUCCCCAACGGCUGGACUCCCGAAGGAGGCUGUGGCUUUUGUGACCAGGACCGGAGGCCACUCCCGGGGGGGCAGCCUCCCCCCCGGGUACUUCUGGCCGUGUUUGUGGAGCAACCUACCCCGUUCCUGCCCCGCUUCCUCCAGCGGCUGCUACUCCUGGAGUACCCCCCCGACAGGGUCAGCCUCUUCCUGCACAACAACGAGGUGUACCACGAGCCCCACAUCGAUGACUCCUGGCCCCAGCUCCAGGACCACUUCUCCACUGUGAAGCUGGUGGGGCCUGAGGAGGCCCUGACCCCAGGAGAGGCCAGGGACAUGGCCAUGGACAUCUGCCGGCAGGACCCCAAGUGUGAAUUCUACUUCAGCCUGGACGCCGACACUGUCCUCACCAACCCACAGACCCUGCGCAUCCUCAUUGAAGCAAACAGGAAGGUCAUAGCGCCCAUGCUGUCUCGCCACGGGAAGCUGUGGUCUAACUUCUGGGGAGCCCUGAGCCCCGACGAGUACUAUGCACGCUCGGAGGACUACGUGGAGCUGGUGCAGAGGAAGCGAGUGGGCGUGUGGAAUGUGCCCUACAUAUCCCAGGCCUACGUGAUCCGCGGGGAGACCCUGAGGACAGAGCUGCCCCAGCGGGAGGUAUUCUCGGGCAGUGAUGCCGACCCAGACAUGGCCUUCUGUAAGAGCCUUCGGGACAAGGGCAUCUUCCUCCACCUCAGCAAUCAGCACGAAUUUGGCCGCCUCCUGGCCACCUCCCGGUAUGACACGGACCACCUGCACCCUGACCUCUGGCAGAUCUUCGACAACCCCCUGGACUGGAAGGAGCAGUAUAUUCACGAGAACUACAGUCGGGCCCUGGAAGGGGAGGGGCUCGUGGAACAGCCUUGCCCAGACGUGUACUGGUUCCCUCUCUUGUCUGAGCAAAUGUGCGACGAGCUGGUGGAGGAAAUGGAACACUACGGCCAGUGGUCAGGAGGCCGGCAUGAGGACUCUAGGCUGGCUGGAGGCUACGAGAACGUGCCCACUGUGGACAUCCACAUGAAGCAGGUGGGCUACGAGGAUCAGUGGCUGCAGCUCCUGAGGACAUACGUGGGGCCCAUGACCGAGAGCCUGUUCCCCGGCUACCACACCAAGACCCGGGCGGUGAUGAACUUUGUGGUCCGCUACCGACCGGAUGAGCAGCCGUCUCUGCGGCCACAUCACGACUCAUCCACCUUCACCCUCAACGUCGCCCUCAACCACAAGGGCCUGGAUUAUGAGGGAGGUGGAUGCCGCUUCCUGCGUUACGACUGUGUGAUCUCGUCCCCUCGGAAGGGCUGGGGGCUCUUGCACCCGGGCCGUCUCACCCACUACCACGAGGGGCUGCCCACCACUCGGGGCACCCGCUACAUCAUGGUGUCCUUUGUCGACCCCUGA